GAUGGGAUCAUGAGUGAAAACGAGGAGGAGAAUCCACCUCUUCAGACAGAGGAACUAAGUGUAGCAUUGUCAGAAAAAUCCAAAGGGAAAGAUUCACAGAGCCCUGACUGGGAAGAUGACUGUGAGGAUGAGUGGGGGACAGAAAAUCAGGAGAGAAAUCUUCCAGGAAAGAAAUGGGGUGAAUCUCCUCCCCGAGAAAGAGGUUUCAGGAAACUCAAAGACAUCAUUGCCCAGCAGAAGCCUCACACUGGAGAGAAACCUCAUAAAUGUCCUGACUGUGGGAAGAGCUUUAGUCGGAGAUCAAACCUCAUUCAGCACCAGAGGACCCACACAGGCCAGAGACCUUAUGAGUGCCCUGAGUGUGGGAAAACCUUCAGCCUGCGCUCGACACUUACAAGACAUCAGCGAACCCACCUGCAGGAGAAGCCCUAUAAAUGCACAGAGUGCGGGAAGAGCUUCCGCCAGAGCUCAGACCUGAUUGCCCACCAGCGAGUGCACACAGGAGAGACACCGUACCAGUGUGCUGUGUGCGGGAAGAGCUUUGGGCGGAGCUCCAACCUGAGCCAGCACCAGACCACGCACAUGGGGGAGAGACCCUAUCAAUGUGCUGACUGCCUGAAGAGCUUCCGGAGCAGUUCGGCCCUGGUGCAGCACCAGAGGAGCCACACGGGAGAGAAACCCUAUCAGUGCUUGGAAUGCAGGAGCCGCUUCCUGCAGAGCUCGGACCUGAUCAAACACCAGAGGAUCCACACCGGGGAGAGGCCCUACCAGUGCCCCGCCUGUGGGAAAUGCUUCAGCCAGAGCUCCUCACUCACUGAGCACCAGAGGACCCACACCGGCGAGCGACCCUACCAUUGCACUGAGUGCGGGAAACGUUUCUGCCAGAGCUCCACACUCAUCCAGCACCAGAGGAUCCACACGGGGGAGAAGCCCUACAGAUGCACUGAGUGUGGGAAGAGCUUCUGCCGGAGCUCCAAUCUGAAUCAGCACCUGACAAUCCACAUGAUAAAGAAACCUCAUCGGUGCACUGACUGUGGGAGGGGCUUCAGUCAGCUCACUAACCUUAUUAUACACCAGAGAAUCCACUCUGGAGAGACACCCUAGGACAGUGGUUCUCAAACUUUUGUAUUGGUGACCCCUUUCACACAGCAAGCAUCUGAG